AUUUUUUUAAUCCAUAACAAAAAUAUUUUCGACCAAAAACCACCAAACGCGAUUCUGAGUUUUUUUCUCUUGAAAGAACGCGAUUCUGAGUUAACGUGGUUUUCUAGCUGAAUGUACCGCUGUUCCAAACAAGCACGAAAUUGAAAUUCGAAACCCUAAACCAAACGGAUUUUCCCAAUUCGAUCAAUCAAACACUGCAAUUCCAUCGAAUUUCGAUUCGUUCGAAUUCCAUGACGACACCACCUUCUUCAUCAUCUUCUCAAUCGCAAUUCGUAUAUUCCAACGCCCCUUACUUCCCCGUUCCCUUCCAUCUUCAACAACCCGCAACCACCACUCACUACGCCGCCGCACCGUACGUUGCCACCCCUGCUGUUCAACUUCCUCCGCCACCAGUCGUCGGUCCCGUUCCACCUCCGGCUGCUUACUCCGUUCCGCAAUAUCAGGCACAACAGUUAUUUGAGAGGGAUGCACAGAUAAUUACGCCGGAGGCUCUUGAGAAUGUGAAGGCAGCUAUUGCGAGUAGCGACGUUGAGCAUAAAGCUGAGACGAAAAAGAAAGCGGUUCCCCGUAAAGCUGCUGGACAAUCUUGGGAGGAUCCUAUACUUGCUGAGUGGCCUGAAGAUGAUUAUCGACUCUUCUGCGGUGAUCUUGGUAAUGAAGUCAACGACGAUGUUCUUUCAAAAGCAUUCACAAGAUUCCCUUCUUUUAACAUGGCUAGAGUUGUUAGAGAUAAGCGGACUGGAAAAACAAAGGGUUAUGGAUUUAUAAGCUUUGCCAACCCUGCUGAUCUUGCUGCUGCUCUUAAAGAAAUGAAUGGUAAAUAUGUUGGAAAUCGGCCAAUAAAGCUACGCAAGAGUAAGUGGAGGGAGAGAACUGAUUUUGACGCACUGGAGAAACAGAAGAACCAUAUUCAGAAGAAACCGAAAAUGUCAAGGAAGGGUAUUCUGCACAAGUGAAAAUAGGCCACAAUCUGUAUAAAUUGCGUUUUUAUCAAAUAGAACAUUACAUUGUUUUCAAAUGAUCCGUAUUAUUCAUCUGAAAUGUUCUAAUGUAACAAAUUUAAGAUUUUCUUUCCCAAGAAUAUGUUCUAUUUAAAAAUCUUGUGUGUAAACCUUUCUUUAGGUUAUGCCUCAGGCAACUCCAUGUAUUGAAAGGAUAUUUGGUAGAUACCAUACUGGUGAGUUUAUUGGUUUGCCUCGCCCUUUUCAAUGUCAUGCAUGAGUACUACUGUAUUUCAUUA